UAAGUUUGACUAGUAAAAAUCAAAGUCACCCGAGUAAACCCGAGUAAGGAGGUAGUACUACGUACUCAAUAUUACUCCGUAAAUAGGUAAAGGGUUCCCUGAAACGCACCAUUUAGAUUUUCGUCCGUUCCCCCCUGCGAAGAAUUCCGUCGAUUUCCCUGCUCGGUUCGUCGUCGUCGUCCAGCGGCUCCACUGCAGCACCGGCCGGCGAGCUCCGUCCCAGGGUAACCAGCGCCGGCGGCCAUUUAUCUCUCUUUCCUCCGGCGUGCGCGCGAGCCGCGACGAGGGCAGCGGCAGUUCUCUCUCUCUUAUUCCAAGUUUCUUCGUAAUUGAGGGACGGCAAUUGGCGAACCAGAACUGCCUCUAAUGCAACGGAUUCGCCGGCGACUUCCAAGGGGACGGAUCUGGAAAUCUGCAAGCUGUAUUUUGUAAUUUGGCAUGCUGCAGAGCUUAAGGCCGGCGACUUGAGGAGGGACCUGCGACUCAGUCUUUUGAUUCUUUUCUUUUAGUGCCAAUCUGUGUCGCUGCUAUUCGCCUAAUCAGACAGCAGACCUUAGCUGACUGCCAUCUAGUGCGCCUCCUUCGCGCAUCUUCCCUGUGGCUCCAUCAACUGCCACCAGGUGGUACGUGGUGAGUGUUAGAGGAGGCAUGGCAAAUAGCAAGUAUGAAUAUGUGAAGUCAUUUGAAGUUGAAGAUGAAGUCAUGAUACCCAACAUCAUAGUUGUGCACAUUGAUGGCCGCAAUUUUCAAAAGUUUUCAAAAUUUCAUGAGUUUGAAAAGCCAUAUGAUGCAAGGUCGUUGCAUUUAAUGAAUGCGUGCGCAACUGCACUCCUAGAAAAGUUCCCAGACAUCUCAUUUGCAUAUGGAUUCAGUGACGAGUUUAGUUUUGUCUUUAAGAAAGAGACCAAUUUCUACAAAAGGCGUGCCAGCAAAAUAUACUCCAUUAUUGUGUCUUUCUUCACAUCUGUAUUUGUCACCAAAUGGAAGGACUUCUUUCCUCAAAUGGAGUUAAAGGCCCCUCCAUCAUUUCAAUCACGUGUGGUUUGUUGUGCAUCAAUAGAGGUUCUUCAAGCAUAUCUUGCUUGGAGACAAAAUGAGUGUCAUAUUAAAAAUCAGUACGCAACUUGUUUUUGGGAGCUGGUAAAGUGUGGAAAGUCUGAAAUGGAUGCCACAUCACUUCUUAAGGGAAGUCAGAAGCAGGAGAGAAAUGAAUUGCUUUUUCAACAGUUUGGUAUUAACUACAAAAAAGAUGUCAGGGAGAUAUUUCGUCAGGGAUCAUGUGCUCUUCGGAAAGAGGUAGAAUGUAUUGAGAAAUACCAGGAAAAUGGUACUCCUGUUAAAAGGAAGAGGUGGAAAGUUAUUAUUGUUCAUUCAGAAAAUAUCUCUGCUGGAAGCUUCUGGAAUCAUCACCAGUAUCUUAUUGAACAUGUUGGUCUUUUUGUAGAAUGCAUUAAAAAUAUUAAACCCGAGUAUAUCAAAUCUUUCCAAUAUGAAGGCAAAUUGAUGCCCUCGACAUGGAUUGUUGUCCGAAUUGAUGGUUGCCACUUCCAUGGGUAAAUGUUAUUCUUUUCUCUUUAAUGUCUGCUUUUCUCUUGGAUAUAUAGCUCCCCUCUCUCUGUAAUAACAGUGAUAGGUUUAGCAAUUAAGCUAGGUUGCGCUAUAUAGCUUCCCCUUCAUCCUCAAUAAUAGUGAUAGUGAUAUAUCUCGAACUAGGGGUCUUAACAGAGUUGUGGUUUUUCAGAGAGGAAAUGUGAUAAAAUGUUGAAGGCAAGCAAGGGGCGAAAUAAAUGGAGGUGAAAGAGUUCUUUUAAUGGUUUUUAAUAUGAGAAAAGAAAGGAGGAUCAGGAGAGAAAUGGUGGGAUUAGAAAUGGAUAGAAAUAAGUGUUGGAUAAACCAAGUUGGUGUUAAGAGAUAUUACACACUCUUCUCCUAACUUGGGGUUGAAUCUAGUAUUCAAAUAAGAUAUAACACACUUAUUUAAAUAACUAGAAACCUAAAAC